AUGGCUCGGUUCGGAACGCUGCUGCUCCUUGUUGGCCCGAUGCUGGUUCUGGCCCGGGUCCGGCAGCCGCUGCCCGUCCUGUUCAUGGUGCCGGUCGGGUCCGAUGGGGAGAACCUGACAGCUGGCCUGCUUCCAGCCGUCAGUCUGGCUCUGCAGGACCUGGAGAGACAAACGGCACCGCUGGGGAAGUACCAGGUCCAACUGCAGCAGCUGGACUCACAGUGUGACCAAGCCAAAGCCCUCAAAGCGCUGUUUGACGCCUUGUGGGCGGGGCCCAAGUACCUGCUGAUCCUUGGGGGGGCGUGUCCAUCUGUGACAUCACUCAUCGCUCGCGCUCUUCCAUCGCUCGGCCUCCUGCAGGUUUCCUUCGAGGCUCCGACGCCCAGCCUGUCCAACAGGAAGUGGUACCGGCACCUGUUCAGCACGGCGCCGCCGGUCCGCGCCGUGAACCUGGCCACGGUGAAGCUGCUGCAGCGCUACAGGUGGAGGAGGGUCGGGCUGCUGACCCAGGACCAGCCAGGACUCACCGAGAUGACCAGAGAUCUGACCCGGCAACUUCUGAGGGCCGACGUCCAGCUGGCCGCCGCCGAACGCUUCUCUGGAGACGCCUGCGGCGGCCUGAGGAGGCUGCAGGAUGAAGAUGUGCGCAUCAUCGUGGGACAUUUUGAAGAUGGUUCUGUGACGGACGUGUUCUGCUGUGCGUUCAGACUGGGCCUGUUCGGACCUCGGUACCAGUGGAUUCUGGCCGCUGGACGACCUUCUGGGUGGAAGCUGGGAUGGCAGCCCUCCAGCUGUUCUGCUAGCAGCCUGCUAACGGCGGCGGACGGAUCGUUCAGGCUGCAGGUCAGACAGCUCAGCAGCACCAACACGCCUGGAGUCUCCGAACGGACUCCUCAGGGUUACCUGGAGUCGUACCUGAAGCAGCUGAACCAGGAGGGGUCAGAGGUCUACCCUCUCCACGCCUUCGCCUACGAUGCGGUUUGGGUCGCCGCCCAGGUUCUGGUUCAGGUAAAGGAGACGGUGAAGCUCAGGAGAAAGUUCAGCUCUCUGAGGAACGUCUCUGUUGGCGAGGAAGACGAAGGGAAAAUGCUGCUGGAGGCCGUGAAGAGCACACAGUUUGAAGGAGUAACAGGGCCCGUUUCCUUCCGGAACGGCGACAGAAUGACGGUGAUCGAGCUGAUCCAGUUUCAGGGAGCCAGCGGGGUUCUGGUGGGCGAGUUCAACACGAGUCACCAGCAGGUCCGAGUCCUGAACCAGCUGCUCAGGUUCAAAGGUCCGGGACCGGCCAGAGACCAGACUCUGGUCCGGCAGCAGCACCUCCGGGUCGGCCUCCUGCUGUACUGCGUCCUGUCAGCAGCUGCUGCCGGAACCAUCUUCAUCACCCUGAUGGUCCUCUGCAUUGUCAUCAUCGCCCGCUGGCGCUGGCCCCGGCGGCCCGGAACUUCUCCCCAGGAUGAGCUGCUCCUGCUGGGCCUCCUGCUGUCCUCCGCCUCGGUUCUGUUCUCCGGUCUGGACCGGACCUCGCUGCCGGACCCGACGCUGGAGAUAUUCUGCUCUGUCCGCCUGUGGACUCUGUCUCUGGGUCACACUGUGGGCUUGGCGGUGCUGCUCACCAGAACCUGGAGGGUCUACGCCGUCUGCAGCGUCCAGCUGAAGAACCAGAACCAGCUGCAGAAAACAGGCCGUGUUCAGCUCUGGAUCCUCCUGUUGGACCUGCUGGUUCUGAUCUCCUGGCAGGUUCUGGACCCACUCAGACGAGAGGUUCUGCAGCACCAGUUGGAGGACGUCGCGGCUGAUCAGGACGUCGUGGUUCGGUUCUCCUCUGAUUGCUGCAGCAGCGCCAACAUGGAGCUGUGGCUCACCGCCGUCUGCGGAUACAAAGCUCCUCUGCUGGGUCUGGGCUGCUUCCAGGCCUGGAACAUCCGGGCCGCGGGCGCCGCCGUCAGCGGGCCGGUCAGCGGUCAGCUCCUCGCUCUCUGCAUGUUCUCGCUCACCGGGUUCAGUGCGUCCGGGGCGGCGGGGUCGCUGCUGACCUCCAGUGACCCCACCGCCCAGUUCUGUCUGUGCAGCAUCCUCAUCCUCAGCUGCAACCUCUUCAUCCUCCUGGGCCUAUUCUCUCCUCAGGUUCUCUGCUUGCUGAGCAGCAACAGCAGCUGCGGCACCGGGGAGCUGCAGCAGGUGUCGGAGCUGCAGCAGGUGUCGGAGCUGCAGCAGGUGUCGGAGCUGCAGCAGGUGUCGGAGCUGCAGCAGGUGUCGGAGCUGCAGCAGGUGUCGGAGCUGCAGCAGGUGUCGGAGCUGCAGCAGGCGGAUACGGGUGUUGAGUAUCUGAGGAGGAGAAACCAGGACCUGAGGAGUCGAAGCAGCCAGCUGGACGUCCAGAUUGAAACCGUCGCCGUGGAGCUUUCUGCCACGCCGCAGCAGGAAACGGGAUGCGGCGCGGCGAGACCUCCAGCUGAGGAGAACGUCAACUCCCCAGAGCGCGUCCGGCGCCGGCUCUCCAUGCAGCUGCCCAUCCUCCAUCACUCCUACCUCCCUGUCGUCGGCGGCGUGCGCUCCAGCAGCUCCAGCCUCUUCGGCGAACAGGAAGUCGUCGCUCCCCGCCAUCAGGACCACUUCCUGUAUAGCUAAGGACAGGAAGCUGCUCAACCAGGAACUUCCUGUGGGAAAAUAGAACGAUGAAUAUGAACUGUUGUUGAAAUAUUUAGACAGAAUAAAUUAUUUUCCUUUUCUUGUCAUUAUUUUGUAGAAAUGUUGUUAAUAAAGGAUAAA